CGGAUGACAAGCGAAAAUCGAAAUCCACCAGGAAACGAUAAAAUAAGACAUACGUUGUAAAAAAUAUAGAGAUGGAAAAGGAAAAUGUAAAAGUACUAAAGUUUUACAGUUGUUGCUGACGUGUAAAGGAAGAGAUUGAGCUGACAUCCUUUUAAAGGACUUUGCAAUGUCUGAAGGUACACAGUUACAGCCUGAGACUAUUCUGCAUGUUUCCACAGAGACGGAGUCUCGGGUGUGGUCGCAAGGGGGGAUAACUGAUGACCGGGAGGACAGCCUGGAACAGGAACCAGCAGAUAUUGGAAUGUGUAUACUGCAGCAUGGUACCUCUACACGAAAUAUCCACAAUUACUUUAUGAGCUUAGAACAAAGGAAAUGUUGUCUUCUGCUGGCAGCUUGUAAACAGAGAUUCUUCAGUGUUAGACUGGUGAGAAAUGAUGGAAGAGACAGUGGUAUAGAGGAAGGGGCUAUGAUGAAGUCUAGUGUUGGAAAUGUUGAUACAGUAGUAUGUCUUGAUGCAGAGGAGUUUCAGGUCUUCCAACAGACUUUGAAAUGUGCUGCUUUCCCAGUUUUAGGGGCACCAGAUCCCCCUUCUGAAGCCACACCUAUUCCAUCUGGGACACAGAUUUCACCUUACCCCAAAAGAAAAGUGUCUGCAGGUAUGUUGCAGUAUGAUCGUACUAUGACACCUCUCUCCCUGCAUGACAGUGGGGUGGAGGAACAAGAGGAUACAGCUAUGGUUCCAGCAGAAACGUUGUGUGAACUUUUACGGCGUGCAUUCAGACUCACACAAGAAAAAUUCAAUCAGUAUGAAGAAAUCAUAGCUGCACAGCUUGAAAGAAAAUCUCCACAGAAAGUUUUAGCAGAAGAACUUGUUAGGCAAUUGAUCGCCCUGGAAAACAACGAGAACCCGUACUAUAACCCUAAAACAUACCUGAAUCGGAUUGGUUAUGACCAGUGGCAACAAAGGGAGAGAACAAAUAUUACAGACCUGCUCAACAAGUUCUGGCAUUUUUCUCUGCCACAAUUGUCAGACAGGUCCAUUAAGAUGAAAUCAAUGCACAAACAGUACCAGAAACUCCUGGAGAGGUUGAUCAGCUACGAGUCUCCAUACAGACAACAGAAUGAAUUGAUUGCCCCCCCCCCUACAUCUCCAUUGUCCAGUGCAUCUGUCCGUCUGCUGAAAGAAUUUAGUUUGAGAUUUUGGAGUAGUGAGUAUAUAUAUUAG